AUGCUUGGGAAUGAUAAGGAGAAUCAUAAGGAUGUGUUAAAAUGCUUUUCGACUUAUGUAAAGGGAAGGGUUGUGGCUGCUGGUCUAUUGCCUUUGUUGACAUGCAACCUUCCCUCUAUUGACAAGACCAUGCUAACAGUGUUUGUGGAGAGAUGGAAGCCGAAGACAUCCUCUUUCCAUAUGCUAUUUGGGGAGAUGACCAUCACACUGGAUGACGUUAGUUGUUUGCUACACAUUCCAGUGAAGGGCAAAUUCUUCACUCUCCCAUCCCUGACUCGUGAGGAAGCAGCCAUUGUAUUGCAUAAACAGUUUGGUGUUACACAAGCAGCUGCUGAAGAGGAGAUUCGGAAGUCAUUAGGAUCUUAUGCUCGUUAUACAUGGUUGUUGAAGGUGGCUGAAGACAUGGCUAAGGAAGGGAAGACCAAGAAAGCUGCUAGAGCCUUCUUGAUGCGUUUGGUGGGGAUGACGAUCUUCUGUGGGAAGACAAACAACAAGGUGGAUGUUGCAUAUUUGAGGAUGUUCAUGGACUUGGAAAAUGUUAGGGAGUAUGCAUGGGGCGUCAUGGCAUUGACUUUCCUUUAUAACCAGCUGAAGGACGCCACCAAGGUCUGCACCACUAGUCUUGGAGGAUACUUAAAUCAGUUUCAGGCAUGGAUAUUUGAGCACUUCCCUGCUUCAUUGUUUGAUAGAAACCUGAACAGGAAAUAUAGUGAGAAAGACCCGCGAGCUUGCAAAUGGGUCACCAAGGGGGGGACUGUGGACCUGCAUGCGAAGAGGCUAAUCCUAGAUGACCUUAGGGAUAACAAUGUUAUAUGGACUCCAUAUGACAGGCAUAGAGUGGAUUGGCCAUUUCAGCAGGAGUGUCUUUACAGUGGGUGGAUUCGGCAUUCAGGCAUCAUCCGGCCAUAUCUGCCAGAGCGUGUAUUGAGGCAGUUCCAUAUGCUCCAGGAUCAACCUAAUUUACCACCGGCAAAUAUUCCCCCUGUUGAGGAUAUUGAUGAGAGGUUUGAGAACAUGGCUCUGUGCGUGGCUGCACAACAUACUGACACUCCAAUGACAACGCCCGAGUGGUACAAGUCAAUCUCACACCGCUUUGUGGUCCCUCCUGAAACAAGAGGUCCUGUGGCAGUAACUCUUGUGGAUGUUCUCGAACAAUUACGGGAGUUGAGUGAUAUCAUAGUUGACCCCAGUGAGACCCCUCAGCGGAUCCUCGAGACAAACCAGCGUAUGCGGGAUAUCAUAAUGCAGCACUUGGAGUAUGGAGGUGACGAUGAUGACAGUGGCAGUGGCAAUGAAGUUGCACCUCAUGGUGGUGGUGGCCCUGACAAAAAGAAGAAAUGAAAAACAUCUACCUCGAAGACUAGUUAGGUCUAGUGUUUUAGGAUUAAUUUAUGGA